UGGAUACCGCUGACAGAGGUUUACGUUGCACAGAAGUUUGAGUUCUCAAACACCUGAGUAGUAAGAAUGGCGAGGUUGAGAGAAGCGUACGUGGUGUCCAGACCCGUGUACUCCGAGGACAGUGUUGCUGAAGAUCAUCAGAAAAUCUACAGGAGGCACAAAACCAUCCUGGGCCAUGUAAAAGACUAUCUAAGAUGCGAUUCAAAACGAGCCAAGAAAGCUGUACUCACAUUUCUGCCCAUCAUUGGCUGGAUGAGGGCCUACAGACUUAAAGAGUGGCUGCUGAGUGAUGUGGUGUCUGGGAUCAGCACUGGAUUGGUGGCCAUCAUGCAAGGACUUGCCUUCUCUCUGCUGGCCUCGCUCCCUGCAAGUUAUGGCCUCUACACAGCUUUCUUUCCCGUGUUAAUAUACUUCUUUCUCGGUACUUCCAGGCAUGCAUCCGUAGGUUCUUUCCCCGUCCUGAGCCUGAUGGUGGGAGCUGUGGUGACCCGCUUGGUCCCAGAUGAUGGACCACCUUCGAAUUUCACAGACUUCGAGGGUCUGACCAUGGACCAGCAGAGAGUGCUGGUGGCCUCCUCUCUGACAUUCCUCAUGGGUAUUUUUCAGCUUGCAAUGGGUCUCAUGCAGGCGGGCUUUAUUGUCACAUACCUGUCCGACACUCUGGUGUCCGGCUUCACCACAGCAGCAUCUGUUCAGAUCUUGGUAUCUCAGCUCAAGUUUGUGCUGGGGUUGACUUUUCCCGCCAUAAACGGCCCACUCUCUGUUAUAUAUACGUUGGAGAGGGUCUUUGACCAGAUCACCUCCACCAAUACCUGCGACCUCGUGAUGUCCAUAGUAAUUAUGGUUUGCUUGCUAAUCGUGAAGGAGCUGAAUGAGAGAUAUAAAGCCAAGCUGCCUGUCCCCAUACCCAUAGAGGCCAUCAUGACCGUCAUAGCUUGUGGGGUGUCCUACGGCUUCAACUUUGAGGAGAGGUACGGUGUUGGCGUUAUUGGCAAAAUGGUUAGUGGGUAUGACAGUCCCAUUAAGCCCAGCAUAGAAAUCUUCCAGGAGACAGCUGUGGACGCCUUCCCUAUAGCCAUAGUGGGAUUUGUUGUUGCCUUCUCUGUGGCCAAAGUCUAUUCCAUUAAACAUAACUACACCAUCGAUGGAAACCAGGAGCUUGUUGCCUUCGGGGUUAGCAACAUAUUCGGUGCAAGCUUCAGGUCGUUUGCAGCCAGCUCAGCACUCUCCAGGACCGCCGUGCAGGAGAGCUCGGGAGGCAAAACACAGAUUGCUGGAUUGAUCUCAGCCCUGUUGGCGAUGAUUGUAACAGUAGCACUUGGCUUCCUGCUGGAGCCGCUGCCCACGUCUGUCUUGGGUGCCUUGGUGAUCGUCAACCUGAAGGGCAUGCUGAUGCAGUUCAGAGAAAUCCCGUACCUGUGGAGGAGCGACAAACUAGAAUGUGUAGUGUGGCUGGGAACAUGCCUGGGUGCCAUCUUGCUUGGACUGGAUUAUGGUCUGGCGGUGGGCCUGGGGGUGGAGCUGCUCACUGUCAUCAUCAGGACUCAGUUUCCCCGCUGCUCCAUCUUGGCUAACAUUCCUGGGACAGACCUCUACAGAAAUCGCAAGGAUUACCCACAUCUAGUUGAACCAGAGGGAGUAAAAAUCUUCCGGAUACCGUCGCCUAUCUUCUUCGCCAACAUCGAGUUCAUCAGGGACAAGCUUGUGGACGCUGUGGGGUUUAACCCUUUGAAGGUUUUGAGGAAGAGGAACAAGGCCCUGAGGAAAAUCAGGGAGCUGCUGAAGAAAGGGGAUCAUGGUGCUCGACAGAAGGACUUGGAGGAUUUAUUCGGUCAGCCCUAUGUGGCCAUUGAGGACCUGGACCUGCCAACAGACAUCAGCGACCUUCCUUUCCGAAUGAAUUGGAAAGCUAACCUCCCAGUCACUGUCAGUGUUCCCAGAGUGGACAUCCACAGCCUGAUCCUGGACUUCUCUGCGGUGUCCUUCCUGGACAUUUCCGCUCUGAAAGGACUCAAAAUGAUGAUCAAAGAAUUUAUCCGAAUUGAGGUGGACGUUUACAUUGUUUCCUGCGAUGCUUACAUCCUGGAGACACUGCACAACUGCUCGUUCUUUGACAACGAGAUCCUGACCUCCAUCUUCUUCCCUACCCUGCAUGACACCGUGCUGCAUGCACAUGAAAAACACAAGGACAACGCAAGUUAUCACUUGGGGGUUAGUAGAGAACUUGUGCAUUAUAUGUGAUCCUUGCAAUAGUUAUUUUAGCAUGCCAGAUCACAAAAGGCAGUUGUAUUAACUACGGAUCCAGUGAGACAGUGUGCCGGAAAUUUGUGUCUGCUGUCAACUACAGUAAAGCAGUUAGAAAUUUGUUGAACAUACACAACAGAGAUAAUACAUCCACACAAGAGCUGAUUUUUCAAUAUAUACAGAAAAAUAAUGUCAAGAAAAGCAUAUCUUGUACACUCACUAUAUAACCAUCUGUAUACACAGACUCGUUAAGAAGCUUGGAAAGUCACAAAACUGUUUUCCCCCUGUACCUGGUAUGAAUUAUUUUCUCUAGUCUAGAACAGGUGUAAAUGUUUUUCCAGGAUAAUGUUACGUAAAACUUUUGUUGUCGUUGUAAAAUUUGGUUUCAGUUCAGUUUGGAAAGGAACUUAUCCUGGCAAAACUUUUUUUCACAACUUGUAAUACACAUACCUCCUGCUAAAGUCCCUGAGAGUAAAACUAAAUGGUGCAAGCACUUCCUUGUUUUUUCUAAAUUUGUUUCUUUUGCAGAUCACACAAACCAAACUCUGAAAUAGCCCGUCUCCAGCAGCAUCCACGUGCAAGGAUUUUUUUGUUUUGAUUUUGAUAUACUAUAUUGAUCCCUGAGGGGUAAUUAUGUCCUGCUGUUUGACCCAUCCAUUUGUUCACACACAGUAAUUUGUACAAUUGGAGCAGUGGGCAGCGGCCCCUCUGGUGGGUGGAGCAUAUUGGGGGUUAGGUGCUUGCUCAGGGCACGACAAGCCAUGGAUGAAAGUGUCAUCAAGGACUGCACUUAAACGCUGGUUACACUGUACCAUUUUGAAUCUCACUGUGCAAUGUUCUGCUUGUUAGAAACGUAUACAUUGCAUUUUCAAAUUUAGAAAAAGUCUAUUGAAUUUGAAAAAUAAACUUGUUACAUCCUGCUGUGGAAGGUCCAGGUUCAAGUCCAGCUCGGGCCUUUCUGGACGGAGUUUGCAUAUGUCUGUGUGGGUUUCCUUCCACCUUCAAAGACAUGCUGAUUGGUGACUCUAAAUUGACCCUAGGUAUGAGUGUGAAUGGUUGUUUGUCUCCGUGUAAGCCCUGUUAUAGACUGGUGACCUGUCCAGGGUGUACCCCGCCUCUCGCCCAAUGCCAGCUGGGAUAGGCUCCAGCGACCCCCGUGACCCUAGUGAGGAUUAAGCGAUAUGGAAGAUGAGACAUCCUGCUGUUUCUGUAAUAACUGUUUCACUGUGUAAUAACUGUGUAUUGGGAACUCCCAUUUUGUUUUAUUAAACAUGCAUGAAUAAAUGUUUUCAGUAGCUUG